AUGACUACACGGAAAUGGGAGGACGGCGCCACAAAGCCGGGCGAAAUGCAAGACGAGGAGGUCGACCGGCACGUGCUCCGCAAGUACGACGUGGAGGCCAAGCUUGGCAAGGGCGCGUAUGCGGUGGUCUUCCGCGCCACCGACCGGAAGACCAAAGGGACCGUCGCGCUCAAGAAGAUCUUCGACGCGUUCCAGAACUCGACCGACGCGCAGCGCACCUUCCGCGAGAUCAUGUACCUCCAGGCGAUGAACGGGCACGAGAACAUCAUCCGGCUGCAGAAUGUGCUAAAGGCGGAAAACGACCGCGACAUCUACCUCGUGUUUGACCACAUGGACACGGACCUGCACGCGGUGAUCCGCGCAAACAUCCUGGAGCCGGUGCACAAGCAGUUCAUCAUCUACCAGUGCCUCAAGGCCCUCCUCUACUGCCACAGCGGCGACCUCAUCCACCGCGACCUCAAGCCGUCCAACCUGCUGCUCGACGAG